GACAUUUUUUUGUUUGUAGUUUCUAGAAUAAAACAACAAUCUUCAUUUUACUCAAACAUGUACCUAUAAAUAGCAAAAUCAGAUAAACAUAAUCAGAAAUUUGAGUGUUCUCUUUAUUUUUUUUCCAGAGCUGUAUAUGAAGAUGUGUUGUACUGCGAGGGGCAAAUGAGGGUCACACCAGACACUGACUGGUUUUCUGAAACCCCCAGAUUCUCACAAUACUGUAAAACUGUACAUUUUUGAGUGGCCUUUUAUUGUGGCCAGUCCAAGGUACACCUGUGUAGUAAUCAGUCUAAUCAGCAUCUUUUGACUGGUGGAUGGUUUAUCUCAGCAAAGGAGAAGUGCUCACUAACACUGAUCCAGUGAUGGACAAAAUUUAAGAGAAAAGGGCCUUUUGCGUUCAGAGGGAAAGUCUUAGAUCUUUCAGUUAAAAUAAAAACUUACUAAUAUUAUUAAUAUUAAAAUGUAUAAAUGAUCUUAUUUAUCAUUUUUUUGCUUUACUGUUUUUCUCACCAGAAAAGCAAAUAAUACAGCAGCCGUCAGUGCAGCUGUAUGUGUGUGUGUGUGUGCAGUUGUGGUGGGUUCAGCAAGAGGCAGAGGGGCGGUUGUGUGGGGAUCAGUUCAUGUUGUAACACCGGAAUAACUCCUGAAGCGCGGGAGGCGGAGUCUACAGCAGUAUCCUGACUGAAUGUCUGUGUGUCCGUGGUGGGUGUAAACUGGUCCUCCUGCGGUGUGUGAUGGAGGCGCUGGGUGCGAUGGGCUGCUCGGGGUUUGAUGUGGAGCUCAGGGCUCUGGUGGACGUGCUGCUGAAGGACGUGUGCGCGCUGGCGGUCCGCUGGUACGCCGCUCUGCAGCGCGAGAUCACGGCCAGCAGGAGCGAGAACAGCGAGCUGAGGCGCAGACUGCACAUCAUGGAGCAAACGCUGUCCCACAGCUCCCACCGCACGCAGGCGGAGGCAGCGGGGCGCGUGGACACACAGGCCGGACUCCCAGAGCCUGGCGGCAACGAGGGUCUGAAGAAAGCACCAGCAGAGUGUGCAAAAAAGACUGUAAACAUUGAGAUUGAACCUACAGGCCCUACAGGAGGUCAGUGGCGUCAGAUUUCUGCCCUACCAGGACUGAAAGAGGAAGAGAUGGAUAUUUCCAUUACUGGCAAAACACAGCACAGAUUUUAUGCAAAUGGUGAUGUACUUCACGCUACUGAUUACACCAGCGCUGAAACAGACUGUCAAUUUCCAGGACUUAAAACUGAAUGUGAGAGGAAAGCUGAGUCUGAGAUCCAAAGCCCAGAAGCUAAUCACAGUCAAGACAACAGCAGAGACGAUGAAGAUGAUACACUAGACGGUUUGGCUGUAGAAGAAGCAUGUGAACCAGAAAAUCACAGUACACAACAUGGCCAUCACUAUUUCUCACAUAAAACAGAAGAAAAUGAGGAUGAUCUGGAGAGAGAAGAUGAAGAGCAGGAACAGUUUUAUACUUCACACUUCAUGCCUCCUGAUCUAAGAUUGAGCUCCACACUUUUGCCUAUAAACUCAGAAUCUACCCUCUCAGACUGCAGCAUGUUUGCAUCACUGGAGGGAAACGCUGAAAAGUCUACACAUCUGCUGAACGCUGAAUGUUCAGAUUUAGACUCCGAUCCCACCAACAGCAGGAAACCGAGAGGACCAAGAUAUAUUUGUAAUAUAUGUGGGAAAAGUCUUUCCUCUAAGUAUUCUCUUACAGUUCAUUUUACAAUGCAUACUGGGGAGAGGCCGUAUGCAUGCGCACAGUGUGGGAAGAGGUUUGUCAAUCGAAGUAACCUACAAAUCCACCAGAACAUCCACACAGGAGCAAAGCCCUAUGUUUGCACACUGUGCCCAAAAUCUUUUGCUGAUCCAAGCCCUUUUGGAAGACACAAAAGGAUGCACAGCCGAGAACUGCAGCAGAGCAGCCGCAGUCCCAAAUGUCAGUUUAUUUGUAAUAUCUGUGGGAAGAGCCUUUCAACCAAACAAGGGCUUUCAUACCACCUCACCAUGCACACGGGUGAAAGGCCCUACUCGUGUACAUGGUGUGGGAAAAGUUUCGUUCUGAAGCACAAUUUAAAAAUCCACCAGAACAUCCACACUGGCGCAAAGCCUUAUGCCUGCACACUCUGCCCAAAAUCAUUUGCGGACCCCAGCAGUCUGAAGAAACAUCAGCGAAUGCAUGAGUCUUAAUUAGUAAUGAAGGUUUAAAUAGGUUUUAGACGUACACUAAAAUUGCCAAAAAUAUCUGCUCGCCUGCCUUGUGUCUGGGGUUGUAAGGUUUGGAUUGAGCCGCUCAACCAUGGAAACCCAUUCUAUGAAGCUCUACUGUUCUUGAGCUAAUCUGAAGGUCACAUGAAGUCUGGAAGUCUGUCGCGACUGAAACCGAGCAUCCACUGACCCUGCUCUUUCAUUUUAUGUUGACAGAUCGAGUUGCUGUUGGUCACAGUCACUUUGGGUGGCUUCCAAUCACAGUCCCACACUAAAAUUCACUGAGCUCCUGAGAGCGACCCAUUCUUUCACUAAUGUUUGUAGGAGCAGUCUGCACUCCUAGGUUCUUAUACACCUAUGGACAUGGAAGUGAUUUCAACCGGACUAAUUUGGAUGAGUGAGCAAAUACUAAUACUUAUGCCGUAUAUAGUGUACGACAGAUGCACAAAAAAACUUUCCAUGACAAAGACCCUUUGAUAUGCACAUAGAGAAAGACUAUCUGUACACUAACAUGUCAAAAGCCAUGGAAUAUCAGUAUGCAAGUCUAUCACUAGAGGAGAUGGAUUGGGUACAUUUGCUCAUGCAUAAGUUGUGAGGUGUUAUCUUGUGGGUAAGCCUGAACACUAGCCAGUAUGCAUAGGGCAAUGUGACAUUCCUUGAUCCACAGUGUCGUGUGUACAGGAGUAAAUCUUUAGCCCUAUCCUGACGGGAUUAGUUUGUCAGGGGGUCCUGAGGUAAUUUCUCUGUUAUGGGGAGGGGGGUCCUCUGUGAUUCUAUUCCUGUCUGGAACGACCAUGUGUGUGUUUUUCUCAGACAUCCUCUGAGAAAAUUACAGGCAGAAUUACCUACUGUUUUUCGCUGAACACAUAGGUAAUUUUAUUAUAAUUUUAUUAUUUUAUCACACGGAUGCCAGAGGAUUAUCACUGAGUAGAAUUGUGAAAUAUUUUUAACAGACCUCCCCCUUGAGAACCUAAUCCCAUCCGGAUAGGGCUGAAGAAGGCAUUACAACCUACAGUGAACAGAGCAGUGGGUGGUAAUGAUUGUGACCGGCAGUGUCAGCCAAAAAAUGUUUAUGCACACAUACAAGUGACUGUCAGAAAUUACAUGAACAUUUGCUUUAGAAUGCUUCACACACAUUUCCUAUAGGUCAGUGCGGUGCAUUCUACAGCUUUAGUGGAAUAUGGAAAAAGUCAAGCGACACAAUACUAGUCCCAUGUCCCAUAACAUUUGGCAUGUUAGCGUAUGUCUGAUGAUGAGCUACAACAAUAAACCCCUGGCCUGAAAUGAAGAACAUUGAUUGUUUAGGAAUAACUGCACCUGUCAAAUGCAGUAGACCAUUGCAACCACAUGAGCAGUUGAACCACAAUUUAGUUUUGUAUUACUAAACUAAGGUAAAAUCAUCAAACCUAUUGGUUUACUCCUAAAGCAGAUGAUUCACAAUACUUUAACUGGCCAAAUCAUUAAAAACACUUUAUUUUUCUUAGCUUACAGGAGCACUUUGUUGUUCUGUAAUUACAACCUGUAGUGUUUUAGUGGUCAGGAUCCCACAGGACCACCACAGAGCAACUGUUAUUUGCGUAGGGGGAUCACAGUGCCACUGCUGGACAGAGACUUGUUCUCCAAACAGAAAUUUUCAGCCAACAGCGUCCUGAAAGUGGUCUGUGACCAGUGAUGACCAGUGAUGAACAAAGAUGCUUAUCUUUGUUUAGAGGAGCUGAAUGUUGCUCUAAGGAUGUUUUGGUGUUGGUUACAGCUCUGAUAUUUUAGAGGAAUUGAAAAAUGUUUAACAUUUACUGCCACUUACAGAAGAAAAUAAAACAAGUUAAAAUGAACUGCAAUAGAAUGUCUUACUGGAAUAAAAUUAUGUGUUUUCUUGCUUUAACACGCGUGAUUAAAUAUGGUUUAUUGAAUGAGACCAUUUAUUUAUAUGAACAUUUAUGCUGAUUAUCUGACAGACAUUCUGAUGUAGUGCAACUGCAUUUCAAUUGUGUUACACAGAUGUAGCCAUGUAGAGUAGUUGUGUUGGGACUCGUAUUGGUGUUGGGAGGUGUUCUUGUUGCCAAAUAUUUCAGCCUGUGUCCCAAAAAACACCCUUCUUCUUAGCUACUAUUUUAGUACUAAUAAAUGGACUUAAAAUGGU